UAGGCGUUUUCAGCUGAGUUCCUUCGAACUGUCAUAGAGAUUUCAACCUGUUGGCGUUUGACCCUGAUGGAGAUGAAGUUAAAUGCAGAUUCGCAAACACAGCACUGUCAGAGUGUUACGACUGCACACCACCGUCUGUUCUCAACCUCUCACCAUCUUGUACUUUGUCAUUCAGCCCCACCAGUAGCAGUAGUCAAGGUUCAUACGCCGUACAGCUAGUCAUGGAGGAUUUUCCCAGGAAACCUAUCACCCUGACUCAAACUAACGGGGUGCAGACGACGAUAACUACCAACAACGCUAUAAGCAAACUACCUGUCCAGUUUGUUUUCAUUGUGGAUCCUGUGGUGCCAUCCUGCACAGAGGGACUUUAUCUGCCCAAGUUUCUACCUCCAACCCCAGACAACAGAGCUCAGCUUUACGCCACUGUCAAUCAGACCCUGAAAAUCAGCUUUAAAGCAGAAGCAAAUAUCUCCAUAAUUUCUGAGCUGCUUUUUAGUGGGCCGUACAACACAAUCCAGACUACAUUGGGAGAUGGACAGUUCAUCCUGAGUUGGACGCCGUCUGAAAACCAAAAUGGAGAAAGCCACCCCAUCUGUUUUGUUGUCCAGGCCGUUUCCAAUUCUGUCAAGUAUCACUCGGAGGUACGAUGUGUCAUUGUGAGUGUUCGAAGCGACCCAACAUCUACACCAGUACCUACAACAACCACCACUAUAAAAACUACAACAACCCCACCAACAAUAUCCACCAUUCCCUUAACAACUACCCCACCAAUUACAAUAACCCCCACUACACCAGCUAAAACAAUCACACAAAGCACGACUACCAUUCCCUUAAAAACUGCCCCACCAACCGUAAUAACCAUCACUUCACCAAUUACAACAACCCCACCAAUUACAACCACCAUUCCCUCAACAACUACCCUACCAACCACAGAAACCACCACUGCACCAGAUACAACAACCACACAAAGCACAAAUACCAUUCCCUCAACAACUACCCUACCAACCACAAUAACCACCACUACACCGGCUACAACAACCACACAAAGCACGACUACCAUUCCAUUAACAACUACCCCACCAACCGCAAUAACCAUCACUACACCAACCACAACAACCACACAAAUCACGACCACCAUUCCGUCAACAACUACCCCACCAACCACAACCACCAUUCCGUCAACAACUUCCCCACAAAUUACAAUAACCACCGCUACACCAAUUACAACAACACCACCAAUUACAACCACCAUUCCCUCAAAGACUACCCUACCGUCCACAGAAACCACCACUACACCAGCUACAACAACCACACAAAGCCCAACUACCUUUCCCUCAACAACUACCCUACCAACCACAAUAACCACCACUACACCAUCUACAACCAUCCAACAAAACACGACCACCAUUCCCUCAACAACUACCCCACCAACUACAAUACCCACCACUACACCAAUUACAACAACCCCACCAAUUACAACCACCAUUCCCUCAACAACUACCUUACCAACCACAGAAACCACCACUGCACCAGCUACAAUAACCACACAAAGCACAACUACCAUUCCCUCAACAACUACCCUACCAACCACAAUAACCACUACACCAGCUACAACAACCACACAAAGCAUGACUACCAUUCCAUUAACAACUACCCCACCAACCGCAAUUACCAUGACUACACCAAUUACAACAACACCCCCACCAACUACAACCACCAUUCCCUCAACAACUACCCCACCAACUACAAUACCCACCACUACACCAAUUACAACAACCCCACCAAUUACAACCACCAUUCCCUCAACAACUACCUUACCAACCACAGAAACCACCACUGCACCAGCUACAACAACCACACAAAGCACAACUACCAUUCCCUCAACAACUACCCUACCAACCACAAUAACCACUACACCAAAACCACCACUGCACCAGCUACAAUAA